AUGUCUGAGGAGUCCGCAAGAAAAUCAAAGGACACCGUAUUUGUGCCUGAAGCCUUACCUUGGAUAUCGAGAGCAGCUGUUCCAGCUGACCAGGAAGCCCUGCAGCAUGAAGAAGUUUCUGAGAAGCCAGUAACACACAUUGCUGGAACACCAGAUGGAGGAUUGACCGCGUGGCUGGUCAUUGUUGCUGUCAACUUGACUUUAUUCUCUACGUUCGGUAUAGCUAAUACAUGGGGGGUCUUUCAAGCGUAUUAUGAGGAAAAUCUACUACGUCAGACUUCUCCUUCAAACAUAGCAUGGAUCGGUUCGGCGCAGUACGCGCUCAUAUACUUUCCAGCACUUGCGACAGGACGAAUGUUUGACCUAGGAUACUUCAGAAUACCCUUCUUGUCCGCUAGCUGUGUUAUCGUCGCAUCCGUCUUCCUAACUGCGGAAUGCACUCAAUUUUGGCAGUUCUUUCUUGUACAAGGUCUCAGUCUGGGAGUCUGCUGCGGUAUCAUAGUUGGACCGGCACUUGUUGUCAUCUCGCAUUGGUUCGACAGGAAACGUGGUCUCGCUAUGUCAUUCGCCGCCAUUGGCGCUUCGUCUGGCAGUACUGUAUUUCCUGCAGCAGCGCAGAAAUUAAUUCCAUCAAUUGGAUUUCAAUGGACGAUGCGUGUAUUUGGAUUCAUUCUACUUGCUACACUUGGGAUGGCCAAUAUAUUACUGAAACGACGCCUUCCACCCGUCAACGUUCGUGGGGGACUCUUUAAUCUUAAAGCAUUCCGCAACACAGCAUAUACCAUUUAUUGCAUUUCAGGAAUACUGGGAUUUUUAGGACUCUACACAGAGCUAACAUAUAUCUCUGUGAGUGCCAUAGCAAUUGGCGUCUCCAAAAACUUUGCAUUCUAUAUAAUCGCGAUUGCCAAUGGAGCAUCUACAUUUGGACGUCUGUCAUCUGGACUAAUGGCAGAUAAAAUUGGCGUGCUCAAUACUAUGGCGGUUUUUACCGCGAUGGCAGGCAUCACGACAUUUGCUUGGCCAUUUGCUACAAAUGAAUCCCAGGUUAUUGCAAUAGCCACCAUUUACGGGUUCUCCUCGGGAGGAUUCCUAGCUCUCUUCGCUUUAGCUGCUGUGGCAUUGGGAGAUAUAGAGGAUGCGGGCCGCCGAGUGGGAAUGUUCAUGUCCCUUGCUGCUUUUGGAGCUAUUGCAGGUCCUCCGAUAUCAGGGGCCAUCAGUACCGCAUCAGGAGGGUUUGUUGACUCGGGUUUCUAUGCAGGCACGUUUAUGAAAUGUGCGGUCUUUGAGUGAACGUUGAUCUUGUCUAGGUGGCAACAUCAUGUGUUCUGCUGGACUGCUACUUCUGGCACGAUGUCUCCAUCUCAAGCGCCUAUGGGGUAAGUAUUGAAUUAUUCAUUGGGUGAAUGGCACAACACUCGGCUCCGAGGCCCACCGAACUAAGGGAAAGCAUACGAAGAGAUGAGACGCGUAAUAUAUCACAGAUGAUACAAUGACUACGGCUUCCUAAAUAUCAUAAGGACUGAUAUCGAUAUAUUUAGAUUAGGUCAACUCAAGGAGACAACAGCCUCAGAUCUACCCGUACAUUAACAUAUUAGCGAGUGGUUUCUACUAUACACUCUAAACGUAUUACUAGUCGAAACGUUGACAUCUGGCAAUUCAAAUCGCAAGGAACCAGAGUCACCGAAGGUACUAGGUUU